AUGGCACCUGCAGAUGUUUUUGGAAUCCUCAGUGUGGCAACAAAGUUCUACCAAAAUAUCCUGGCUUUAGUGUUUGCCAUCAAUGAGAUUAAUAACAAUCCUAAAAUCUUGCCGAAUGCCACGCUGGGAUUCCACAUCCUUGACAACUACUAUGAAGCGAUGACGACUUAUCGUAGUACUUUGGACCUACUUUUUAAAUCGAAUAGGUUUGUUCCUAACUACAAAUGUGGUUUCCAGAAGAAUCUAAUUGGAGCAAUUGGAGGACUUGGUUCAGAUGCCUCUUCACGCAUGGCAGACAUCUUAAGGCUUUACAAGACUCCACAGAUUUCAUAUGGAGCAUUUGAAACGGCAGUCAAUGAUGAAACCCAUUCCCCUUCCUUUUACCGCAUGGUCCCCAGUGAAAGCCUUCAGUAUGUGGGAAUUGUCCAGCUGCUUCUGCAUUUCAGUUGGAAAUGGGUUGGGCUCAUCACUACAGAUGACCAAGAUGGAGAAUAUUUCUUGCAGACCUUGGAGACGAUGCUUUCUAAGAAUGGGAUCUGUUCAGCCUUCACAGAAAGAGCUCCAAAGAAGAUUCGAACUGAUAAAGUAAUUGAAGCAAUCCAAAACUUUCACAGUAAUAGUUCGGUUUUUUUGGACAGCAAAGCCAGGGCUAUUGUUGUACAUGGAGAAAUGGCAAACAUCAUAUGGCUGGCAGUCGUUAUAUGGCUAACAGCUCUAAUAGGUUCAGGCUCUCCAGGGAAAGUGUGGAUUACAACAGCCCAGAUUGAUUUCAACUUCAUAAAUAUUCAAAGAUCCUGGAGUGCUGAAAUGUUCCAUGGUGCCCUUUCCUUCACAAUUCACUCCAAGAGGAUUCCAGGUUUUCAAAGAUUUGUCCAGAUUAGAAAACCAUCCUGGGCAAAAGAGGAUGGUUUUUUCAAAAAUUUCUGGGAACAAGCAUUCGACUGUUCAUUUCUCAAUCCCAGUGUGCCAACAGAGGCUGAUGAAAUAUGUACUGGAGAGGAGAGACUGGAGAGUGUUCCAGCAACAUUCUUUGAAACGAGCAUGACUGGCCACAGCUACAGUGUCUACAAUGCCGUCUAUGCUUUUGCACAUGCCUUCCAGCUCAUGCACUCAUCUAGAGCCAACCACAAAGUAAUGGCAAAUAAGAAUGCACUAGCACCUCUGGAUCGAAAGCCCUGGCAGCUCCACCCAUUUCUGCAGAGGAUAUCAUUCAACAAUAACGCCGGGGAAGAAAUUGUGCUCAGAGAUCAUGGAGAACUAGCAGGUGGAUUCGAUAUCACAAACUUGGUCACUUUCCCAAACAACUCCUAUGUCAGAGUCAAAGUUGGAAGGCUGGAUCCUCAGACUCCUUCAGGACAAGAGCUCAUCAUUCAUGAGGACAUGAUUGAGUGGCACAGAAGCCUGACUCAGGUGCCUCCAUUCUCUGUCUGUAAUUACCAAUGCAAGCCAGGAAACAGCAAGAAAAAGAAGGAGGAAGAGAAAUUUUGCUGCUAUGAUUGUGCUUCAUGUCCGGAUGGGAAGAUGUCAGACCGGGAGGACAUGGAAUACUGCAUUGCUUGCCCAAAGGACCGCUAUCCAAAUACUCUACAAGAUCAAUGCAUUCCCAAGACUCAAAACGUCCUCUUGUUUGCUGAACCACUGGGUAUUGCUUUAGCCUCUUUGGUGCUUUUCUUUUCUACGACCACAACACUGGUGAUCGGAAUCUUCCUUAAACACCAUGAUACACCAAUCGUCAAAGCCAACAACCGGAGCCUCUCCUACGUUCUCCUCAUCUCCCUCCUUCUUUGCUUUCUCUCGUCUUUGCUUUUCAUUGGACACCCUAAUGAGAUAACCUGCCUUCUCCGACAAGCAGCUUUUGGUAUCAUCUUCUCAGUGGCUGUUUCUUGUGUUUUGGCAAAAACCAUUAUUGUGAUAGUGGCUUUCAUGGCAUCCAAGCCAGGAAACAUUUUCCGAAAAUGGGUAGGGAAAAGGUUGGCCUAUUCUAUUGUCAUUUCCUGCUCACUUCUUCAAAUGGGCCUUUGUGCUCUUUGGUUGGGCAUGUUCCCUCCAUUCCCAGAUAUGGACAUGCACUCAUUAACUGAAGAAAUUAUACUGAAAUGUAAUGAAGGAUCAUUGACUUUGUUUUUCUGUGUUUUAGGCUACAUGGGCUUUCUGGCCACCACUAGCUUCAUUGUGGCUUUCCUAGCCAGGAAACUACCUGACAGCUUUAACGAAGCCAAGUUCAUCUCCUUCAGCAUGUUGAUCUUUUGCAGUGUUUGGCUGUCCUUUGUCCCAACCUAUCUGAGCACCAAAGGAAAAGACAUGGCGGCCGUGGAGAUCUUCUCCAUCUUGGCCUCCAGUGCUGGGUUAUUGGGCUGUAUCUUUCUGCCCAAAUGCUAUAUUAUGAUACUGAGGCCUGAGUUGAACAGUAGAGAGCAGCUGGUAAGAAAAAAAGCACUGUGA